AUGCCAACGGGCUGAGGGCUCCCCUUUGGGUGUCAUUCCGAGGGAGAAGCCAGGAGGCUGCGAGAUGAAGAAGCCGCCCGUGGCCUGGGGGGACAGUCUCCCGGCCAGCGUGACCUUUCCUGUGCGCCAAUAAAAUACAAAAAAUUGGGGGGAAGAAGAGGGCUUCCAAGCUCUUUUCCCCGGAGCCACAGCAGCAGCAGUAGCAGCAGCAGCAGGCGAGCUGUCUCCUGGCAGUGGGAUGUUCUCAUCGUUGCGUUCAUGCUGGCGUCUUUGGCUUGGAUACGUCAUUGGAACAAUAGCGGUCUUUACUAUGGUGUACUAACUAAGAACUCAAUAAAGAAUGAGGAGAUUUAUCUACUGCAAAGUGGUACUUGCCACUUCACUGAUGUGGGUUCUUGUGGAUGUCUUUCUGCUCUUGUACUUCAGUGAAUGUAACAAAUGUGAUGACAAGAAAGAGAGAUCUCUGCUGCCUGCUCUGAGGGCUGUAAUGUCAAGAAGCCAAGAAGGACCUGGAGAGAUGGGAAAGGCAGUCCUUAUCCCCAAAGAUGACCAAGAAAAAAUGAAAGAGAUGUUUAAAAUCAACCAGUUUAAUCUCAUGGCCAGUGACUUGAUUGCAUUAAACAGAAGUUUACCUGAUGUAAGGCUAGAAGGAUGCAAGACAAAAGUCUACCCUGACGAAUUACCAAACACAAGUGUGGUUAUAGUAUUUCAUAAUGAAGCCUGGAGCACUUUACUUCGAACUAUUUACAGUGUUAUAAAUCGGUCACCACACUAUCUGCUUUCGGAAAUCAUCUUAGUAGAUGAUGACAGCGAAAGAGAUUUUCUGAAGGCCCCAUUAGAGAAUUAUGUGAAAAAUCUGCAAGUGCCAGUAAAAAUUAUUAGGAUGGAACAGCGGUCAGGCCUGAUUCGAGCUCGACUUAGAGGAGCAGCGGCUUCUAAGGGGCAGGUCAUAACUUUCCUGGAUGCACACUGUGAAUGCACUUUAGGCUGGCUGGAGCCAUUGUUGGCAAGAAUAAAAGAUGACAGGAGGAUUGUAGUUUGCCCAAUCAUUGAUGUGAUCAGUGAUGACACUUUUGAAUAUAUGGCUGGAUCAGACAUGACUUAUGGAGGAUUUAAUUGGAAACUUAAUUUUCGUUGGUAUCCUGUUCCCCAGAGAGAGAUGGACAGAAGGAAAGGAGAUAGAACACUGCCUGUAAGGACCCCUACUAUGGCUGGUGGCCUAUUUUCUAUUGACAGAAACUACUUUGAAGAGAUAGGAACUUACGAUGCAGGAAUGGAUAUCUGGGGUGGAGAAAAUCUUGAAAUGUCUUUUAGGAUCUGGCAAUGCGGAGGCUCUUUGGAGAUUGUAACAUGCUCACACGUAGGCCAUGUCUUUCGGAAAGCUACGCCAUAUACGUUUCCAGGUGGUACUGGUCAUGUAAUUAACAAGAACAACAGACGACUGGCUGAGGUGUGGAUGGAUGAAUUUAAAGAUUUCUUCUAUAUAAUAUCUCCUGGAGUCGUCAAAGUGGAUUAUGGAGACAUAUCUCCCAGAAAGGCACUGAGAGAGAACCUGAAAUGUAAUCCAUUUUCAUGGUACCUAGAAAAUGUCUAUCCAGAUUCCCAGAUUCCAAGAAGAUAUUACUCACUUGGAGAGAUCAGAAAUGUUGAGACCAAUCAGUGCUUGGAUAACAUGGGGCGCAAAGAGAAUGAAAAAGUUGGAAUAUUCAACUGCCAUGGCAUGGGAGGAAACCAGGUAUUUUCAUACACUGCUGACAUGGAGAUUCGCACAGAUGAUUUAUGCUUGGAUGUCUCUAGGCUCAAUGGCCCGGUGAUUAUGUUAAAGUGCCACCACAUGAGAGGAAAUCAGCUUUGGGAGUAUGAUGCUGAGAGACUUACCCUGAGACAUGUGAACAGUAAUCAGUGUCUUGAUGAGCCAUCUGAGGAAGACAAAAUGGUUCCUACCAUGAAGGACUGCAACGAAAGCCGAUCUCAGCAAUGGCUGCUACGCAACAUGACCUUGGGUGCCUAAAACCAAGAGAGACUUGCUAUUUCUCCAGGCCUUGCAAGGUUCUAGACUUUGGUACGUCACACAUUUGUAUCAGAGAAAAAGAAUGUGUUCCUCUUCCCUAGUUGUUGGUGAAGUGAGAAGUUUCAACUGCUUGUUUCAAAGCCUACCUGCCAGGAAAAAAAAAAAAACUUUUUAAAAAAUUACCUAAAGGACGUUUGCACUUUCCCCCUCGUUUUUUUACUCAUUCAGCUGAACAAUGCAAGAUCUGAUUAGAAAAUUAACAUGCUUUAUUAUCAAGAAAUGAUGUUCUUCUGGGGAAAAUGCAUUACAAAGCUGAACUCCAAGGUUUGGGGGGCACUGGGCUUUGCUGUUGGUUGCGUCACGUAAUGUUACUUGAAAGUGACUAUGUUAAAUGCCUUAUGGAACUUUGCAUUAUGAAAAGUUAUAUCAUUUGUUUUACAAAGUUGAUGUGCUUGAACUGGUCCUCCAAGGCAACAGAAGAAGAAUAUUCACUUUUUUUCUAGUGCUAGUGUAAGCAGUGGAAUGCUCAGCUGAAAGGCUUUGCGAGCAGUCAGUUUCCUGUACAUAAUAGAUGUCAUACCAAAAAAGUGACAUUUUUAUUGGGGUUUUUUUGUAAAAUCAGCAAAACUGAAGGAAGAAUGCCAUAGGGUAUAGGACGCAAAAAUAACAAAAGGCAACACAAACUAGAAUGUAUGAUGUAUGCAAAUAACACAAGACAGUCAUGCUAGGAUAAGUUGAAGGCGGCAAUGAAAGAAGACCCAACAUGAUAUCGCUUGACUCAAUAAAGAAAGCCACUGCUGUCAGUUUGCAAGACCUGAGCAAGACUGUUAAUGGGAGAGUUUUGGGAAAUUGUUAAUUCACAAGGUCAGAAGUGACUCAAUGGCACACACAAAUAAUAAUAAUAAGAGUUGGAUUUAUAUCCCCGCUUUCUCUCCUGUAGCAGGCUCAAAGGGGCUUACAAUCUCCUUUCGUUGCCCCCUCACAAUAAACACUCU